AUGGCGGACAUUCUUGAGAGGCAAAGAACGAUCCAGAGGAUGAUCGAACGUGCCCUCGAGUACUUCAAAAAAAUCGGAAAGGGCAAUCUGACCACGGCGAAGAUUCGUUCCCGCAUCCUGCUUCUCAAGGAGAAUUGGAGCCAAUUCGUGACUGGGCAUGCUGCCUUGAAGGAAGCGAUUUCCAAGGUAAAACGAGAGGAGUUCCCGUACUUCAGCGAGGACCAUUUCGAGAGAGCCCAGGAUGCCUACCUCAACGCUCUGGACUACAUGGCGGAUUGCUUGGAGGAACUCGAGCCGACUGUGAGUCCGAACCAUUCAAGCACCUUUUACGUCGAACGCCGUCAAGAUGCGCCCGCGGACGCGCCCGCGACUGCGUCCGCGUUUUCCUUGCAGCAUCUCCCUCCCAUUCAAUUACCGCCGUUCGAUGGUAAACCCGACGAGUGGGCACAGUUCCGCGAUCGGUUUACUACGCUGAUUCGCGACAAUAAAGACUUGAAUGAUUUCGCUCGCAUGCACUUCCUCUCCUCGUGUUUAAAAGGCCGCGCCGCAGACUGUAUUUCGCAUCUUCCUUUUACCGCGGAGAAUUUUGAACUCGCGUGGGCCGCGUUAACCUCGCGCUACGAGAACAAGCGGCGCACACUUAACAUUCAUCUCUCCGCUCUGCUCGGUCUUCCUAGCGUACCGCGUGAAUCGGCUUCCGUGUUACAAUCUUUACAUGAUAAGGUUGCGGCCGCUCUAAAAUCUUUCGCGAAUUUGGAUCGCAAUACCGACAACCUCUGGAACGAUAUGCUCGUAUACCUUGUCACGCAGAAACUCGAUCCGAUCACGCGGAAGGCUUGGAAUUUACAGGAAAGCGGUCGCGACGAUCCGCCUACGUACGACGAUCUUAAACGCUUUCUCGAACAUCGCAUUCGCGGAUUGGAAAACAACGCAAUCGGCGCCCCCGUGAAGCCCGGUGCAAAAACCGCUCCAUCCGAUCGCGUUCACGCUGCUACCGCGUCAGCGAACGUGCCGCCAAAGUGCCCGCUAUGCGACACGCCCCAUUAUCUAAAUUCCUGCGUUAAGUUUAGGGAAAAGAAUCCGAAUCAACGUCGAGAAAUGGUGAAGCAGCAAAAACGGUGUUUCAAUUGCUUGAGCGAAAAGCAUACAGUUAUGUCGUGCAAAAGCAAAUUCUCAUGUCGACUUUGCAAGAGACGGCAUCAUUCGCUUCUCCAUCUCGAUUCGGAUUCUUCUUCCAUCGCUUCCGAAACGGCGUCACCUAGUUGCUCUGUCGCUCCAACUGAAAAACCCGAGGUGAGUUCUCUUACCGCUUCGACCGCGCCGCGACGUCGAACGCAUGUACUCCUCGCGACCGCGUGGGUAACGGUGCGGACGCCGUCGGGCCGCACCGCCGUCGUGCGAGCCCUGCUCGACCAAGGCUCCGAAAUGACCUUUAUUUCCGAGUCACUGGCGCAACUCCUGCGAGCGAAACGCCGUCGCAUGCCCAUCUCCGUCACCGCUGUCGGUGGUAUACACGCCGGCACCUUUAAACAUGCGACACAGAUAUGCAUUUCCCCGCGUAACGCUUCUACUCCGGCUUAUUCAACUGACGCGCUCAUUCUCGGCUCGUUAACUACUUACGUUCCAAAGCGCAGUGUAGAUAUUUCGGCGUUCACGCACCUUUCGGAUUUAUCGUGGGCCGACCCGGAUCCGACUAGUUUCGAUCCCAGUAUUAUCAUUGGGGCAGAUCUAUACAGUACUUUACUUCUGGGCGGCGUCCGCAAGGGAGACGUCGGCCAGCCGAUCGCCCAAAAUUCCGUUCUUGGAUGGAUUAUUUCCGGACCGACUGAUUAUCCCGCGGCGAGAUCCCCGUCGCACUCAUCCGUACAGAGCUCUCACGUCAGUAUCUUCACGCACCAAAUUUCGUGUUCUCCUGCUCUCGAGGAUGAGCUUCGUCGUUUUUGGGAAGUCGAGGAACUUCCACGCCAAUCUAUUCUCUCGCCGCAAGAGAGACAAUGCGAAACGCAUUUCCGAGAGACUCAUUCUCGCAAUUCCGAUGGGCGAUAUAUCGUUCGCCUUCCGUUUAAAUCCCCUCCCCCUCUCGAUAUCGGAGCGUCGCGUCUCCAAGCCGAGCGUAUGUUAAACACGUUAACGCGGCGGUUUAAAAACAAUUCGGCAUUGGCAAUCGAAUAUCGAAAAUUUCUCGCGGAAUAUGAACGUCUUGAUCACAUGCGACCGUCGCCUCAACCGCAGAGCGAAACCAUGCAGUGUGUUUACAUUCCGCAUCACGGGGUAACCCGAGAAAAUAACGCUACCACCCCUCUCCGCGUUGUGUUCAAUGCAUCAAGCGCCACUUUCAACGGGUUUUCGUUAAAUGACCAUUUACUCGCCGGUCCGAAAUUACAAACCGACAUUACGUCAAUUUUAUUGCAAUGGCGACGACACCGAUUCGUAUAUUCAUCCGAUAUCGCGAAGAUGUAUCGCCAAAUUCGCGUCGAUCAACGCGAUCUCAAUUACCAACGCAUUUUAUGGAAUGCAACACCGCAUGAACCGCCUACUGACUACCAGCUGUUAACAGUCACGUACGGUAUGUCCUGCGCGCCCUUCCUCGCUCUUCGCGUUUUGAAACAACUCAUCGACGACGAAGGUCACCGAUUUCCGCUCGCGGUAUCCAUUCUACGCGAGAACAUUUACAUCGACGAUAUUCUAUUCGGCGCAGACAACGCGGAGUUCAUUCGACAAGCGCGAGACCACGUAAUCGCUAUCCUGAAAUGCGGCGGAUUCGAUUUAAGAAAAUGGGCCAGUAAUUCGCCCGCUCUCCUCGCGGAUCUUGAUCCCGCCACUCUGAGUUCGGCAGGCAAAAAACCUUUCUCCCCUGACGAACAAAUCAAGGUUCUCGGUAUCGGGUGGAAUCCUACCACCGAUAUUUUUGAAUUUAACGUCGCACUUUCGAGCCCCGUUCCAUCUAGCAAACGUACCAUUCUGUCCGCUAUUGCGAAACUGUACGACCCUCUCGGAUGGGUCACUCCAGUCAUUAUAACCGCGAAAAUUCUUAUGCAGCAAUUAUGGCGACAGAAAUUAGACUGGGAUGAUACGCUUCCCCCCACUCUGUUGUCUCGGUGA